GUUCCGCAUUCUUGAAAUUUUGAAACGUAAACAGGAAAAUUGUCUGAAAUCGUCGUAUCGUGCAUCAUGCAGGUCAUUAGCUAGUCAUUUGAUGCGAUAGAUGUGUAAAUUUUUGGGUAAUGGACUCAAAAAUGACACGAAACGGAAAUACUCCCUUGAAGUAAUGACAAUAUCAAGUAUUAUUUUUACCCGAGUUACUUAAGUAUACGAUUAUGGAAAAGAAAACGAACAAAGCAUCCAAAAAACAAAAAUUCAAAGAGCAAAAUGAUCAAAACACUCAAGCUCAACACUCGAUCGACGGUGCGAAACCGAAGCUCAGUAAAUCUCCAAAAAAUGAGGAUACCCCAGUUCCUAAUACUCCACCAAAUGACACAAAAUUGCCUUCACACAGGUUCUUGAUCGAUGUGAAACUCGAUGCUAUUUCUAUUGCACUUUUUGCUAUAGCACUAUUUACCAGAUUUUACAAGCUAGAAGAACCUCGAAAUAUAGUAUUCGACGAAUUACAUUAUGGAAAAUACGUCAGUUUAUACAUGAGAAGAACGUUUUUCUUCGAUUCUCAUCCACCUCUUGGCAAACAACUGAUAGCUAUUGCCGCGUAUUUUGCUAAUUUUGACGGUAAAUUUAAAUUCGAUAAAAUUGGCAGCAUUUAUAGCGAAAAUGUGCCAUUAUUUACGUUACGCUUGAUUCCGGCAUUAUGUGGCAGUUUAAUUACUCCGCUGACGUAUCAUUUCAUGUUGGAAUUGGGCUGUAAACAAUGGACUGCUAUUUUAGCUUCGUUUAUUUUACUUUGUGAUAAUGCAAUGCUCACUCAAUCUAGGUUCAUACUGAUGGAACCUAUGCUUAUUUUUUUCUCAUUUCUGGGACUAAUCUGCAUUUUAAAAUAUAUUAAAUCGUUGGAAAAUCGUGGAUUCUUGUAUCAAUGGUUUCUACUAACCUUAGCUUUUACUUUUUUGACCGUAGCUAUUUGUAUCAAAUACGCUGGAUGGUUUUCAUGGUUGCUCGGUGUGAUAUUAGUUUGGACUCAGUAUUGGCAACGUGUUCUCCCAAAUCGUUUAAUCUCUAAUUGGAAAGCUUUUGGAACAGCUUCGAUACAAUUUCUAAUAAUUAAUGGAAUCUCAGUGCUAUUAUAUCUAUCAGUAUUUUAUGUUCAUUUGAACGUUUUAAAAAAGGCUGGUCCUCACGAUAGUGUGAUGACUAGUGCUUUCCAAGCCAGCUUAGAAGGUGGGCUGGCAUCGAUAACAAAAGGUCAACCUUUACAAGUAGCUCAUGGAUCUCAAAUUACCCUCAGACAUACUCAUGGACGUACUUGUUGGUUACAUUCACAUGCUCACGUGUAUCCUUUACGAUACGCGGAUAAAAGAGGCAGCUCACAUCAGCAACAAGUCACUUGCUAUACGUUUAAGGACGUUAAUAAUUGGUGGAUUGUUAAACGACCCAAUAAAGACACGUUGGUCGUCAAUGAUCCAAUAGAUGUUAUAAAACAUGGCGAUAUUAUACAACUAGUGCAUGGAAUUACUAGUCGAGCUCUAAAUACUCACGAUGUAGCUGCGCCUAUGUCACCUCAUAAUCAAGAAGUUUCGUGUUACAUAGAUUACAAUGUAUCUAUGCCAACGCAAAAUCUUUGGAGAGUUGAAAUAAUCAAUAAAGAUCAAACGGAUAAUGCUUGGCAUAGUAUUCAAUCAAUGGUGAGAUUAGUACACGUAAACUCUUCUCAAGCUUUAAAAUUCAGUGGUCGCCAGUUACCAGACUGGGGUUUCUUUCAACACGAAAUCGUCACCGAUAAAGUUAUUCAACAAGAAGACACAGUGUGGAAUGUAGAAGAACACAGAUACACUAAAAGCGAAGAUGAAAAAGAACGUGAACGAGACAUGGUCAGCGCCGAAAUGAUCCCUUUAAGAGCGACGUCACUUUCUUUCUGGGAUAAGUUCUACGAACUUCAAUAUAAGAUGUUCUUCAACCAUCAAGAAAACGUACAAAACCAUAUGUACAGCAGUGAUCCUAUAGAAUGGCCUUUGGUUGGCCGAGGGAUCGCGUACUGGGUCAGCACCGAGCAUAAUGGUCAAAUUCAUCUACUAGGAAAUAUCUUGGUGUGGUAUUCUGGAGCUGUGGCUGUAUUCUUGUAUUCCGCUAUUGUUGUGUUUUAUUUGCUUCGUCGUAGACGUAAAUGUUACGAUAUUGAUGAAGAAACGUGGCAACAUUUUGUUAAAAUCGGACAAAUUUUGUUAUUUGGGUAUUUAUUGCAUUACUUGCCUUAUUUUUUCGUCGACCGGACGUUAUUCUUGCAUCACUAUUUGCCAGCUCUUGUAUUCAAGUGCCUUUUGACAGCUGCUGUCAUUGAACACAUCAGUAUUCUACUUAGAAAAUACCAUUUCGUAAGGAUAUUUUAUUAUCUACUAGUGUGUUGUUGGGUCAUCAGCGUAUUUUGGAUUUUCCGUAAAUUCUGUGUUCUGAGUUACGGUAUCGCUCCGUUAUCAUCUUUAGAUGUGAUCAAAUUACGUUGGAAAGAUUCGUGGGAUUUUAUUAUACAUAAGCAAUAGUAGAUGAGACGUUCCUUUAUAUAUUUCAGUGAAUCAUUCCAUGACCAAGGAUACUUAAAUGCUGCAACUUUCUACUUAAUUUUUAAAUUUUUUAUUUAUUUUAAUGUUACGUUUUAACUUAUUUAUUGCGAAUUUCGUUUUAAUUCUUUUUUAAAUACACGUUACACAAAAGUU